AUGAAGCUCGACCAAGCAGUGAUAGACCUCCUCAGUCUAGACACAGCAAAUACCACAGUAAGCCGCGCUGGGGGUGGCUGCAGCAGCGCGUCUGCUGCUAAAAUAACUACGAAACUCGCGGAUGGAACUGAAAAACGCUUCUUCAUGAAGACCGCAACGGGAGAGGAGGGGAAGGUAAUGGUGCAAGGUAGUGAAGACGCCUCCUUAAAAGCCAUCCACGCCGUCGUACCGACUCUCUGCCCCCAAUCAUUCGGCUGGGGAGCCUUCUCCUCCCCUUCAUCACCGCCAACUUAUUUCCUAGUCGUCGAAUUCCUCGAACCAUCCUCACCCCGCAACGGCAGCCCAGACACAUCCCACCAUCAACAAGAACCUCGCAAAUCCCUCGCAGAGAAGCUAGCACAGCUACACACAACCCCAGCUCCCGUGCCCGACGGCUACUCCGCGCCUCAAUUCGGCUUCCCCGUCCCAACCUGCUGCGGCGACACGGCACAGGAUAACUCCUACAGAUCCUCCUGGGCCUCCUUUUACGCCGAGAACCGGCUCCGCUUCAUCCUACAGCGUGCCGAGGCGGGGAACGAUUUGGGCGGCCAACGUGAUGGCGAGUUACGGCGGUUGGUGGAGCGGACGAUAGCGCAGGUUGUACCGCGGCUAUUGGGGGAUGAGCAUCUGAAUAAGGGGCGCGGGGUGACGCCGGUGGUUGUGCAUGGGGAUCUUUGGUCUGGGAAUGCGGGGCGAGGGAGUCUGGCGGGAAGAAAGGUUGAGGAGGUGAUAUUUGACCCGUCGGCGUUUUAUGGGCAUAGCGAGUAUGAGCUGGGAAUUAUGAGGAUGUUUGGAGGGUUUGGGGGUCGGUUUUUGGAGGAGUAUCAUGAGCUGUGUCCAAAGACGGAGCCGGUGGAGGAGUAUAAAGAUCGGGUUGCUUUGUAUGAAUUGUAUCAUCAGCUCAAUCAUUAUGCGCUAUUUGGGGGCUCGUACCGAUCCGGGGCAAUGCGGAUUAUGGAGGAGCUGCUACAGAAAUAUGGAUCUUGA